UUUCCUGCAUCACAUAGUAUAACGUCAUAACACUUUCAUCUGCUUUAAAAACUAAGACAGUCAUAUCUGGUCUCAUUCGACCAACUUAGAGAGAAAUAAAGAGAGAGAGAGAGAGAGAGGAUCUAUUUAUUGCAUUUGAUAUUUUUAAGAAUUUAAAGAAAUAUAUAAGAGAAAAAGACUAUGCGGCUUACAUUAGAGUCUAUACGUGAAUUGAUCAUGAAAGAUGAAUCUGACGUGGUGAUUAAUAGUGUAGAAGAAGAGCCAGGAUCAGGAAGAGGAGAUAAUUAUACAUCAAUGUUAUAUCGUGUUCGUGCAAAGGGCAAGAAACAAUUGAAAAGUGGAGAAUGGGAUAAUUGGGAACGUGCAAUAAUUUAUAAAGUUUUACCUCAAUCAAAGGAACGCAGGGAAGCUUUCAAAAGUGAAUUGCUAUUUCGUAAUGAAGUAGCAUUUUAUACAUACGUUUGGCCUGCAUUAAAUCAGAUGCAAUUAAAUGGUAAAAAAGUUUUCAAUGGUAUUGUUAAAGUGUAUGCCGCAAGAGCUGAUCUUAUAGCAAUGGAAGAUUUGAGGGAAAGAGGUUUUAAAAUGGCUGAUAGACGGAAAGGUCUCAAAUUUGAACAUUUAAAGCUUGUAUUGAAGGCUCUGGCUGGUUUUCAUGCACUUAGUCUUACGUUAAGAGAAACAAGACCGGAAGAAUUCUUAAAAUUAUCAAAUCCAAAUGAUGGUAAAGGCAUACAAGAAGUACUGUUCCGUAUUGAGAAUGAAGAUUGGUAUCGACAAUAUUAUAAGACUGCUGCAAAUAAUGCCAUAAGAAUGGUAUCCGAUGGUCUUCCUGCAUGUAUGGAACACAGGAGAGAAGAAAUUAUGGAAAAGUUGAAUGCUUUUUUAAAUGACAAUGUCUUUUUUCGUACAAUGAGCGAACUUGCUGCGGCACAGGGUCCACUCACUGUAUUCUGCCAUGGUGAUUGUUGGAUUAAUAAUAUCCUUUUUCGAGAUCAACAAGAUUCAGAAACUGAAGAUAUUUACUUAGUUGACUUUCAACUAAGUCGAGUUGGUUCACUUGCUCUUGAUCUUGCAAAUUUACUGUACUGCUGUACAAGUGGAGAAGUUAGAAAGACAUACAUGACACAAUUGCUUCAACAUUAUCAUUUUCAUUUGAUGUCAUCGCUCCAUAUACUUAAUCCAGAGCAACCACCAAAAAAUGCUUCUAUUAUAUGGGAAUUACUGAAUAAAGAAAUGCGAAGAUGUGGACGAUUUGGUGUUGGUUUAGCUUUGGAUAUUUUGCCAAUUAGUACGUGUGCAAGCGAUGAAGCUCCAGAUUUAUAUGAAAGAGCAGAAGCUGGUAAAGAAGAACGCAAUACACGAGCACCACCACGACCACCACCACCAGGAGCUGAAUGUGCUCGAUUGAUGACUGAUUUAGUUUUGGAAUUAAUACACAAUCAUGCUUUAUAGACUGAUCGUAAAAUUACCAAAAAAAAAACAUAAAAAAAAAAAAAAAAAAUAAAAAAAAAAUUAAAAAAAAAAAUAAAUAAAAAAAAAAAAAAA